AGAGGAUUACAAUUCUUUAAAAAAAAAAAAAAAAAAUGACAGAAGAGAAGUUGCUGCAGCGACGAUUUGUCUGUAAGUAUAAAACACUGCAGCCAUGAUUUAUUGUCAUGAAUGUCUGAAAGAAUGUGGCUAAUAACAACGUAAUAUCUCCAUCAACAGGGUCUGAAGACCAAACCAAAAAAUUAAUUUGUCUCAGGAUAAAACAUGAAGCGCUAUUUACGGGCUUCCGCAACGCGUCCUUACAAGGAUUUGAGUAAGUGUUGAGUUCUUGUAAUCCAUAUAAAAGUAAAUGGGCUGAAAACAAAAGAAAACCAGUGUUGAUGAGCAGCAUUUGUGUCUGUGUGCGUAUGUGUAUAGUGUUAUCAUUGCAGAAAUGGGUCUGCAGAAGGUUGUGACCCCCAGCCAGGCUGCAAAGAAAUGGGAAAACUUAAAGAAGAAAUAUAGGGUUAACCUGUUUAAUGUUUAUGCACAUGGGUUGCUGGGUGACAUGUUGGAUGUUGUUCUGUGGGUUCAAUUGACACCAAUGGAUCUCAUCUUGCCACGAACUGGUGCAGGCACAGAGGGUGGGCAGGUCACUGCUGCAACAUGGCCCUUUUUUGAGGCCAUGCAUGAUGCCAUGGGGGCGAGGGACUCCAUCAGGCCCCUCAGCCUCAUAGCCACUGCAGUGGAUACAGAGGCUGAGGAGGAUACUGAUGAGAGUCCCAGACACCCCAACAAUGGCGCGUCCACCAGCGCAAUGCCGUCCACCAGCACUGCCUGGGGGUCCAGUGGAGAGCCACCAGAACCCUCUACCCACUCUCCACUCUCCAACAAUCCAGAGGGUGGAGGGAAAGGGAGGAAGAGGAGGAGGAAGAGCAGCAGCAGCGACAUCCUGGAGUUCCUCAAAGAAGAUGCUGCCAAACGAGAGGCCAGGAACCUCCAAAUGGAUGCCCGGGAGGAGGCCAGGGAGGCCAGAAACCAGGCCCAAAUGGACCGGCUCUUGGGAGUAUUUGAGAAACUUGUCGACAGUCAGACGGCCAAAAAAUAGACCGCCUAUUUGUUUUUUCUGAGGUCUUUAUUUUAUACAC